CUGAAAAAGAAAGCUUCCUUUUUUCUUCUGUGCUUCUCCUUCAAAUUUCACUGUUAUCAAAUCUUUGAGAUAUCAAAAUAAGGUCUUCAGUACAAAGAAAGAAUGGAUAUGCUUAAGCAAAUGAGGGUGAGAUUCUCCGGUAUAGGAGAAGAAGAGAAAGGAGGCAGCAGCUCAAGAGAUAGAACAAUACCGCCACAGAAAACUCAACCUUUUAAAGAGACAAAAAGAGCACCUAGCUGGUUGCACAGACAGUUUAUAAGAACAAUGAGUCGCGAUUAUGAUUCUAGCGAUAGUGUUGACUAUCCAGCUGCAGUGGCUGCAGCUGCAUUUGCUGUAAAAUCAAUCGAAGACAAGGGCGAAAAAGACCACAGAAGGACAAAUAGUGGAGGAGCUGAUAAACCUUUUACCAAGAUCAAAACUAAAUCAGAUGAUACUAUCCCUAAGAAACCUGAAAAGUUCCCAGAUGAAGUUUCAAAGCCAAGACCAAAACUUCCUGAUAAAAGUGUACCAAUAAGGACAGCAACAACCAAUCCAGAGCCAGUUAACACUGUGCCAUCUAUUAAGAAGAAACCAACUUUUGGAGAUACCAAACCUGAAAGUGAAGUUACUGAAAAGGCCAAAAGAGUUCCAUCUAUUAAAAAGACACCAACUUUUGGAGAUAGCAAACAUGAAAGUGAAGUAUCUGAAAAGGCCAAAAGAGUUCCAUCAAUGAAGAAAACUUCAACAUUUCCAGACCAAAGCAUUGAUAUCAAACCUCCCAAAGCUCCUGAGGUUCCUGUUUCCGACGCUGCUGUUCGGCCAACUAGACUAUCUUCAUCUCAAACAGGCAUGGCUAAAGGGACAAAUACAAUGAAGCCUGUAAGUGGAAAUUCUAAGGCAGAUAUUUGGGAGAAAGAAGAGAUGGAGAAGAUCAUAGAAAGGUACAAGAAGCUCAUAACAGAAAUUGUGGAAUGGGAGACUAAGAAGAAGAAAAAGGCAAAGAGAAAUUUGGAGAGAAUUGAGGCUGAAAUAUUGUCAAAUAAAAACAGAAUGAAAUUACAGGCCGAAUUAGACAGGCGUAGGGCGAAAGCCAUGCGACAUUUCAACAAUGAAGUUGGAAGGAUUGAGAGCAUUGCAGGAGGAGCCAAAGAACAAGCAGAUCAAAAUCGCGAAAACGAAGAGCUUAAGGUUAAAGAGAAGGCAAAUAAGAUCAGAUCAACUGGGAAAAUGCCAGCAACAUGUUUAUGCUUUUAAAUACUAUCCUUCAAAAUAAAGCUGUAAAAACGUUAAAGAUAGCUCUUCUAUAGUGAAAAACAUGUAUAUAUAUACUGAGGCACAACACUCGCCGUAUAUAAGCUUUCAUAAGAUCA